AUGGAGCUAAGCAGUAUAUCAAGAUAUGAAGAAGGUUUAGAGCCUAAUGCUUUGGAAGGAGCUGAUGUGAAAGACAUGAAGCUAGAAGCUGAAGCAGUUGUAGAUGAUAUUCUCUUUGCUAUUAACAACAUGUUUGUCUCAACAAGUCUGUACUGUGCAGAAGAUGUGGCCUAUACCAAUGUGGAAACAAAGGAAAGGAACAGAUAUUGCCUGGAGCUCACUGAAGCAGGACUUAAGGAAGUAGUUUAUGCUUUUGACGAGGUGGAUGAUCAUUUACAGACUCCCUACCACAAAACAGUCUACUCUUUGUUGGAUAUGCUCAGCCCUGCCUACUGGGAAGCAUUUGGAAACACACUCCUUCAAAGACUGGAAGCUUGGUAA